AUGCCUGACGUCGAUGACGAUUGCUGCUCUGUUUCCUCUGUUCAACAACAGUCUCACCCCUUCUCUGAACGACCUUCUUCCCAGCAGUCCCACCAGAACGUCCUCGCUGCUGCUGAGAGCCCCCUCGACCACGCCUCGACCGUGCCCUCUUCUUCUCCUCCUUCCCCCGCCAUCCUCCUCCCGGCAACCACUUACGCCCCGCAGUCACCGCAACAACAGCAACAACAUCUACACCAGCAACAACAACAACAAACACAACAGUCACUCGCCGUCGACAGCUCAGUCGCAAAUCAUCGCCAGACUCAUCCCGACGAGCCCCCGUCUCCCGAUCCCCGCGACUUUUACCGUUCUUAUACCGCAGAUACUGCUGACGAUGCGUCCAAGACUCCUCCGCGCCUAGGUAGCAUCCUGCCACCAGAGAUCGAGAACGGGAUGACCACGGUGACCUCUCCCCGGAGAGUGUACACGCUGUCGUCGGUGCAGUCAGAUCCAUCCCAGUGGCCACGCAGUUCGCAGGGCCGUCCCUAUCAAUUUCGUUCUGCCUCCGGAGGAUCCAGCAUCUAUUCUGGUGACACCCCUCCGCGAACACAACCGGUUCUGUCCACCGGGGCACGAAUCCGGCAAUCCUCGCUCAAGGAGCUGGUGGAUCGUUUCAACCAGACGGUCGACGAGGUUCCUCCCGUGCCAUUGCGAACCCCUCGCACAGCCGUCAGUCCAACCAGAAGCCUAAGUGGAAGUCGUCGAUCGGAGCGAGAUCCUUCCUCUGCCUCUCGAAAGCCGUCCCCGAGCCGGACGUCGCAAGCCGACUCAGCGUCCCAUCAGAGUCCAGAUCCUCCGAGUCACUCGGUCGCACAGGCAAAGGACGGCGGGAGUGAGUCACGGCGGCCGCUGUUCGGAGAGCUCCUCACGAUCGACACCACAGUGAACAACCCGGGAUAUGGGAUACCGUCCCACGUCCGCCGUAGAGGUUCUGACAGCAGCGUUCCCAGCCCGAACCCCUUCUUCCUCGAGGCGCGAGCCGACGGAGACCCGGCCGUGUCACCGUCCUCUCCGACUGCGUGGUAUUUGGGCUAUACGCCGUCGCUAGAAGCCAUCAAUACCGGUCGCAGCCAUCGAAGGUCAAGGAGUGACGCCUCGUGGACCACCUGUAAGCCCGCCGUGACGAGCGACUUAAAUACCCACAUGACAGUGGCUUCGCCUCCGGCCCCUUCGUCCACCGUCAGCCCGGGCGGCUCACAUUCCAAAUCUCGCAUUCCAGUCUCAUCCCAGCGCCUCAGCACUGCCUCCUCCGAUUCGGGGAAUUCCUCGCCGUCUACCCGGGCCAAUUCGGCCACGGGCCUCUACUGCAAUGCAAACGCCAAUCAGGUACCUCUUGCCCCAAAAGGCAGUAGCCGGCUCCCCAAGCCCAAGUCACCCACGAGUCCUAGCCAAAGUCUACGUGUCCCUCCCGCUGUGAAGUCGCCAACGCGACGGGAAACGGGCCGUGGCCAUGGCACUCCCGGUCACCUCUCUGAGAAGGGAUCCCUUAAAGCAUACAUCACGGCACCACCGCCCAAGAAAUCGCCGCCCUUGCGCAGUUCCAGACCUCGUCAACCGGUGUCCUCAGCGACAACCACAGCAUCUCGCGCAAAAGUGGUGGACCGGGUGUCUCAUUUCCAAUCUUCGAGCCAUAACGACAGCGAUAGCCGGAGUUCUCGACCAACGACCCGACGGCUUCCCGAGCUGGGGAAUGUUGAUUUCGCAGCCCGCCGGCAGAAGAUCCAGCAAGCGUUCAACAAGUCUCUCGAGGAGAACGCCAAAAAGCAGGAGGAAGCGGCCGAACGCCGACGAUUGGCCAGGUUCAGGAGAGAUGAGGAGAUGAGAUCAAGGCUUCUGCGCGAAGGGGAGCUUCGGAAAAUGGAGUCAGCCAGGUCGCUCCGUAAGAUGGAGUCGGCCAAGGAGCUCAAUAAGACGGAGCCAGCCAAGGAGAGUGACAAGAUGGAGUCAUCCAGUGCAUCAUCCCCUGAGAAGGCGACAUCGGACAACAAUGCAGAUGGUCCCCGCGAUGACUCCGCGGCGGAGAAUAAUAAGGAGCUCGACACCCCCAUCUCGCCGGACGAGCAGGUCACUCCAACAACGCCACACCUGACCAUCGAUACGACCGCUCCCUCAGUGGAGAGGGAGCCGGAUGCGGUUCAGGAGCAGUCUCGCCUGGACCUCGGUGAUUCUCCCACCUUGGGCCAACAUGCCCAAACAGAUGGUGUCCGGAAUACGUCACGAUCAGAUGCUGAUGAUUCAGCUCUACCGCCGUCUUCUGCCGUGACUGCAGAGACCAAUGAUACAGAUACUACGCACUUCGACCCGGAGCCCCAGGUGGACAUGCCGCUGCCAGGGGCCUCGCACCGGACCAUCCUCAGUCGCAUCAUGCAAUUACGAGAAUCGAGCUCCAGCAGUGAAUGCGAUGAGGAUUCAAAUGACGACGACAAGGAGUCCAUUCAGAUUAUGUUGGAACCGUCUGCUUCGUCUACCUUCUACUUUGAUUCCGUAGAUAGUGGCGAUAGCCAUAACGGAGAGCUAAAUGACGAACACGAGCGUGUAGCUGACGAGCAGCUGAAGAGAUGGAGCAUGGCCUCCUGGCCGUCUUCUUCUUUCCGAGACCAGCAAUCUUUGCCCGAGAGUCACGCCGACCAGAACGAGGACGCUCUACCUUCGGCCGAUCAGAGCAGCCCGGAGCUGUUCGUUUCCGGUCGAGACAGCAAUCAGUUCACACAACACUGGUCGACGUUGGAUCGGUAUCCGUCAUCUAAUGACUCUCUGCAUGACAGGCCCACCAUGGACUCCAGCGGUGACCGGAACCAGCGCUCCCACCGCGACGAUGUCCCGCCGAAUCUGAUCCGCCAAGGCGGCUGGGACUCGAAGCGGGUAACACAGCUGUAUCUGGAAGAACUUACGCGGGGGAGAUCUCGAGGAUCCCUGUCCUUUAGAUUGACGGAGAGAUCAUGGGAGCUCGCUCAGCCAGAUGGAGAAGCAGAGGUAGCGUCUAAGGCGGAUAGUCUGACGGAUGAUCCUGUCCUCGUCCCGCGCGCGGACGACUUGACGGUUUCCCACCGGCCGAGUCUGAGCUUACGAGACGACUGGGAAAGUGCCUCUCCAUCCAUCGCGGACUGGAUGCAGGUAGCUGCGGGGGACUUGCCUCCGCCCCCGCCACCACCCAAGGACGAGGAGGGCGAUUCGGUCGCUCGGGACGAGGCACCCACUCCGGUGGCACCGACUUCUGAUCCAGCACCUUCGAAACCAGAGGAAUCUUGGGAUGGUCUUGGUCUCGCGAUUCAUGUGCAGCCUCCUGCAGAGCCGGUGCGAAUCGCGCCCACGCCUCCGGUCCCUGAUCAUAGUCCUCCACCGCCUCCUAUCCCGGACAAGGUCGAAGAUGCCUCGUCUCAACCACCUCCGCCGCACAUGGUCUCGCCCAGCAUCUAUGCAAGCGAACCUCCAUCUAGCAUCCCUCCGAGUGCUCCUUUCGGGUCCGCUGAGGACGAUCAGCCAGUGAGAAGCAGUGAGGAGUCAUCCUUCGCCCAAGCGGGGUUCACCCCAUCUCCUGAGACGGCGGCGUCUUCUGCCACGUCCCAACAUCAAGCCAGUGCCGCUGCAUCCAGCGCUGAAGUCCAGGAGAGUUUAUCUACUGCCGAACAAGCACGGCUGAAGAAGCGCCGGAAUGUUAUCAAGGAGUUGGUGGAUACGGAGUAUACUUUUGGUCAAGACAUGAAGGUGGUCGACGACAUCUACAAGGGCACUUCGAGUUCGUGCCUGGACCUCUCGGCGGAGGAUGUGAGGACCCUGUUUGGAAACUCGGAUCAAGUGGUGCAAUUCUCGAUGAAUUUCCAAGAUGCACUUAAGCAGGCGGCAAGGAGUGUCUACGUGAUGCCCAAGUCUCAACGCUGGAGAAGUAAGCGUGGCACUAGAAGCGACCAGGCCAGCCCGCAGCCCGAUGCGCAGUCCUCGACGACCAACGCAGACACGCCGAGUGUGGAGCAAGACAACCAGACAUUUAUCGGCCAAGUCUUCAUGGAGAACAUGGCUCAGAUGGAGAAGGUCUACACGGACUACUUGAAGAACCACGAUGCCGCCAACAAGAAACUCCAGGUGCUCCAGCGGAACCCAAAGGUUGCGAUCUGGCUCAAGGAGUGCCGCGACUGGGCCUCGGAUUUGACAACGGCGUGGGAUCUCGACUCUCUGCUCGUCAAGCCUGUCCAGCGCAUCCUGAAAUAUCCUCUCCUCUUGACGCAACUCAUUGAGGCGACCCCCAAUGACCAUCCUGAUCGCGCGGCGCUAGUCAGCGCUCUCGAAGGGGUCACUAAUAUUUCUGUGCGGAUCAACGAGUUGAAGAAGCGCGCCGAUCUUGUUGGCCAAGUGGUCAGCAGCCGGAAGCGCAAGGAGUCGGAUGUCCGCGCCGGUCUGUCCAAGGCGUUUGGGCGGCGCACGGAGAAACUCAAGCAGCAGGUUGGUCUGUCGGAGAUGUUUGAGGACAAGCAGUACGAUGCGCUCUCGCAGCAGUUCAACGACAGCUUCUUCCAGCUUCAGGUCGUCAUGCGCGACGUGGAGAUGUACACCCGAGAAAUCCAGUCGGGCAUGGAUCGGUUUCACGAGUACGUCACUGCGAUCGAAGGGUGCAUUGACGUGGCCCAGUCCAACUACACGGAAGUUGAGAGCAAGUGGCACCGGUUGAGAAUGGCAGUACGCGAUAUCGUCACCGUUGCCUUGCCGGAGCAUAUCGCAACUGUCCGCAAGAGCGUCAUCGACCCGAUGAUCACGCUCCUCAAGCUCUAUGAUGGGCCGCAGAAAGUGAUGCACAAGCGUAAUAAGCGUUUGAUCGAUUACGCGCGGUUCAAAGCCAUCAAGGAUCGCGGUGACAAGCCAGACAAGAAAACGGCCGAGCAGGGAGAGCAGUUCACGAUCCUGAACGACGCGCUGAAGGAUGAGCUGCCCAAGCUCUUCUCCCUCACAGCCAAAUUGAUGGAGGCCUGCCUGAACAACUUCGUGGAAAUCCAGGUCCGGUGGUUCAGCAUGUUCCAGAAGAAGCUGUCCUUCCUGAUCGACCAAUUUCCGAGCGAUAUUGAGAGCAUCGUCAGCGACUGGUCGGCCGACUUUGCCUUUGCUGAUGCGCAGAUCCUGUCACUCAGCCUCUGCAACGGCGCGCUUCUGUCUGAUGCGGUCAAUCUGGUCAAUUUCAACACUCCUUCGACUGAGGCAGGGGCUUCUUCUCCACGACGACCGUCGACUGUCACGAAUUCGAGUGUGCGUACUGGAUCCGGAACCAUGGAAAACUCCCCGAAAGUGUCCUACGAUUUCAGUAACGCUGGUAGCUCGAGUCAAACCGAUGGGCAGUCUCAGCAUGGGCGGCGCCGGACUAACUCGUCCAUGUCUGCCGUCGCUCGCGCGGCCUCCGAGAUGGCGAACGGACAGGUGAAUUCGGGGACAACGUCACAGGUAGCAUCUGCUCGGCCAAGUACGGAUACCACUCGCACGGAGCCCUUCCCGUCUCUCCCCAGACUGAGCCUCGACAUGCCGUUCAUGAACGACCCACUGCUGAAUGAUCCUGAGCACUUUGAAGCGACUAUGGACGAGACUACGGCAUCUCCGAACGGCCGCUAUUCUGGAUUCUUCUCAUCUGCCAUGCCCAUGUCUGACUCUCCGCGUCAAGAAACCCCUCCCGAGCCAGAACAAUCGAAGGACCCCAAAGUGUUGUUCCUGGCCGCCAGCCUGUACGAGUUCAACAUUGACCGACCGCGACAAGAGGCCGGAUACCCAUAUCUCACCUAUGCGGCGGGGGAGAUCUUCGAUGUCAUUGGCGAAAAGGGCGAACUGUGGCUUGCUCGGAACCAGGACGAUCCGAACCGGCAGGUUGGAUGGAUCUGGACGAAGCAUUUCGCCAAACUGUCCUCGUAA